UCCAAAUCCGAAGCCAAAUCCGAAACCAAUACCGAUUCCCCCGAUUAUGAUUACGAACACACGCACGGCGUCGGCAUUGUCGCCUCGCCGACUUUCACCAAAAAAAAAAAAAAAAAAAUUCAAAAUGACGUUGCAACCUGCAUUCGCCUCACUGGGAAACCACAUUUGACCAGUGCACAUUAAGUUUUUUUUUUUAUUUUACCAAAACCAAAGUGAAAUUUCCAGCGUUCGCUUUCAUUAGAAAUGGGGAGUGGUUCGUUGGCGGCUGAUGUCUGUCUGCUUGUGCCGAACAUGAUUAUAUAACUCCGUUGAGGCGGGUUCUGUCAACGGGGAAAUAGCUUUUAAAUUAGCCAUCCCAUUCGGAUAGAUGGAUGGAUGGUUGGUUGGUUGGGAUCGUUGAUAUCGUUGGGAUGGGAAAAUAAAAGCCCGAACCAAACGCAAUCGAGACACGAAAACUUCAUUAACGCCUCCCUUUUUUGGGAGGGGGGCGCGGCUGGCGUCUUAAGCUUUAAUCUUCAGGCCCCCGAGACGAGCCCUGCAUAUAUAGUAAUAUGUAAACUAGUUUUUAAUUAUGAAACAAUAACCAGGAAGCUGCGUGCGAUGCGUUUCGAACCCGGGACUGUGUAAUCCCAUCGACAUUUGCCGGACUUGUUUUGUUUUCAGUUAUGUUUCUUGUAAUUGCCUCAAUCUGCAGCCACAAAAAAUAUUAAAAAAUAAAAAUAAACCGUAAGGGAAGCCCCAAUGACAUCGUUACGGCAGCUUCUGUCACGAUCAUGGUAAUGAUGACUGCGGGGGAUCAAGGAUUUCCUGAUCUUAAAGUGCGACGUGAAUUUGUUUUUGAAGAUUUUGUGGAUAUCAGCAAGGCUGUGAUGAUAAAAUGUCGUCCGAGGUUGAUGGUAUUGCCAAACAAUCUAAUUAAAAGGUUUAAUGGAACACAUUUUGCAAUUUUGAUAGAUAUAACAUUAUAAUUGGUUAAAUGUUUUCUGUAUUUGGGUUGUUUUGGUUAUUUUAAAGGUGUAAACUAGUUAGAAAUAGUAUCAUAUACAGGAGAUCUUAUUCUUAUACCAAUUACGAUUUAUUUAUGUAUGUAUGCAAGUUACAUUACAUUGUAUAUAUUGAUAUUAGCUGCCUUUAUACAAAUAUUGAUGUUGAUUCUAUUUAUAUCUAUCGUAACUGGAAACCUGACCAUUACAAUUUCCAAUUGUGGACAGAACCCGCUCUGGUUAACGACCUCUCAACCGUGUUGCAACCUCUAAAGUCUAGACCAGAGCAGCCUAUACCAAUAUUUAUUUGUCCCCAAUGAACAUGGCACUUUUGCCCAGCCCAUCCGUGGAUCUCUUUGGGUCUUUUGUGUGGGGCAGGCAGGGCGAGUCCAAUUGCUGGCAAUGAAAAGGCAAAAUGGAAAAUGGAAGCACACAAAUAUCCAGCCGAGGGCAGUUCCAUUGCUUCACUUUUCUUUGUGACGACGAUGAUGAGGAUGAUGAUGAUGGCUUACCCCGAUGGCGAUGAUGUGACUGAUUAUGCUCAUGCUGCUGGGUAACCGCAAGUCGAUCAUGUGUGGCCAAUUGUUGGUGCUGGUAAUUAGCAUCAUUGGUCCAGCCGGAGGAUCGCGGCCUGGUGGUUGGGGGUCGCUGCUCGGUGGCUCGGUUUCUUUGGUCUUUGGUCUGUCCACUGCAUUCACUCGCCCCUUUCCCUCGGCCAAUUACCAGCGACCGCGACCUCAGCCAAGUUUUUGAGCUGUGUGUUUAUGUGCCAGCCGUUUCUCGAUAAGCCACUUUCGAAUGCAGAGCCAGCAUUUGGCUUGGACUCGGACUCGGGUUCGGGCUGCGUCUGUUUGGCCAGCCAAUUCAGUUGCGUCGCCGAGCCCGAAGAGAAAACACCAUACCAGAUCCACAACCCAGAGCAGUUGCAGAGCCGCCCAAGCCGUGAAAGUGGUGGUCACCAGUUUUGCCUCCGAGUUAUUGAAAAGGAAACUGCAAUUUAUUGCGAAAUUAUAUGCACUUUUACUCAGUGCCAUUGCCAGUCGCUGGACAAUUGCUUUACAUAAUCCCGGUGCAAUGUACAAGCACACGGUCAAGUCCAAGUUGAGCCAGGUGCGCAGUAAUCCUCCAUCGGUUGUAAGUGCCACGCCCACAUCGCCCAAGCAUGGAUUAGGGGCGGGCAAGAAGUUCUUUUCGCACAUAAGGCACAAAAUCGAGGAUAAUUUAACGCCCAAGUUGAGUGGAAAACUCUAUUACAAGGGGAGCAAGCACACAAGAUCCAUGAGUGCCCUUUGCACGGCGGUGGAUGGAGGAUGCGUGGGUGGGAAAUACACACCCAAGGCGGUGCCCAUCAGUCCUGUUCCGAUCCAGCAAAUGCCCAGCCAGAUGAGCAGCAGCGUCUGCAGCUAUGUGGACAGCGAUGAGGAGAGCCACCUGAGCCUGAGUCUCAAUUUGGCCCAGCAAUCGCUGGAGGAUGAAAUCUUCGCGGAGCUUGAGAAGGUUGCUCACGAUGAGAGUAAACUGAAUGAAGUGCUCCAGAGCUUCGAUCACAUACUCAAUGAGUAUCCACCUUUGGAAGAGAUUAAGAUGGCUGCUCCUCAGGAAGAACUACCCGCUCCGCCUGCGGAAUUCAGCGAUCACCAGCCCAUAUUGGCCAAAUCACACAGCACCCUGAGCAUGGGCAGAUCCAGGAGGCAGGUCUAUCAAUCCCCGGAGCUAGCAGGAUCAGUUUUGCUACUACGUGGCGGAGGCACCGAUUCCAGAUAUAACUCCCUGAGUGAUUUGAGUGGCAGCAAGAUACCAGUGCGCAAGCAGUCCAGUCUGCGCAAGCGUAGCGAAAGCUUCUGCCUAGAGCAACCCAUUUGCCUGCGGACAGCCAGUAAACAGCGCACCCGAUCCUUGCUUACCCUCAACACCACAGGACCUUCAAGAGCUGCCCUUCCAGCAGCUGUAGCCAUGCCCAAGCGAGCCAACUCCAGCCUGGAGAAGCGACAAAUAACCAACAGACCAGUGCCCAGGAGAGCCAACUCCACUCUGAAACCCAAGUCACCCAAUGCCAACAGCGAUGAACUGCUGGUCAAGUGUUUGGCCAAGGGUCAGGAAAUCCUGCGGCAGGUGGAGAGCAUGAGUGCCCAGAAGCCCAAGAGGACCAUCAGUCGAGGAGUCACCAAGGAGCACUCGCAGCUGGCGAAGAACAAGAAGAAGCUACAGAAGCUGCACUACGCCAACGAGGAGAAGGUGGGCCGACCCAAGCUGGAGUCCUGCAAGAUUAUACCCCCAAAGUUGGGAGAGACCUCGGACAAGAACCAAGAACUCCUGGUGAAGGUAGUGCAGGAUGUAAAGAGCACACCGCAACAGCCUCUGAAAAAACCCACUAAGGAAAUCCGGGCGGAGCAGGAAGAGGACUCGGAUGAUUCGGGACACAUAAGCAACACACAGCUGUCCACAUCCACCUCCACGAGCAACUCCACCGGUAGUCUCUGCGAGUCCGAGGGCGAUGAGGCAGAGGAUCAGCCACCCGAGAUUAAGAGCUGCGGUAAGCAGUCCAACAAGAUCGCUGAGCUUCUCCAGAAAUUCGAAGCAGCUGCGGCGGCUGGAAAACAAAGUGCCACCGCCACGAUGCACUGCCCCACCUCGAAUGUGGUGGCCAGCAAGGUGGUGGCCCAGGUGCAGGCCGUGUGCUGCAUCCAGACCCAGGUGGAGAUCUAUCCCACCUACACGAAAGAGGUAACUAUGCGGCUGCACUGACCUGGCAGCGGCCGAGCCGAUCCCGCUUCCGCUUCCGAUCCUCCCCAGCCACUCCAAUCUUAACUCUCGGCUGCAUCUGUCCAUAUCUAUAUCUAACUCUAUCUAACGU